AUGAUGUCUUUGAAAGAGAAGGGGAAAGACUGGCGUGAUGGAUUCAAAGUUGUUGCCGAUUUUUACAUUGAUGAUCUACCUUUUCCCUUAGCUCUAGAUGCUGAACUGUCAUUAUGGACGUCUUAUUGGGAGACCUACAAAGGACUUCUUCCUGACAAUAUUCCAACAACUUUAAAAGCUGUUAGCUUUGAUGGUUUUGAAAAUAUUAAAGUUGUUCUUCGUAUUUUAGGAACACUGCCCAUCACUUCAUGUGAGUGUGAAAGAACUAUUUCGGCACUGAGAUCACUGAAGAACUACCAGCGUAGUACUAUGGUUGAGGAACGGUUGAAUGGUCUAGCCCUAAUGCAAAUUCAUCAGGAGAUAAUUCCAGAUGUUGAAAAAGUAAUUGACAAAUUUGCAGAAGGAAACACCAGGUUGAAAUUUUCCUAA